AUGAAUUUGGAAAAGUUAAUAAAGACUAAAAAAUUACAUUUAAGAUCUUGUACAACUAUUGUAACAGACUCGCUCGGUCAAAGAUACGAAGAAGCUAAUGGAGAAAAGAAAGAAUUACCUCCCGGGACACCGUUUGUUAUAGAUGACAAACCCGAUUUACAGAUUGCAUGUAUAUUACCAGGACUAUUUCUAAGUUCACAAGACCCCGUUACAGAUAUAAACAUUUUACGGCAACAUAAAAUUCGUAAUAUUCUAAGUAUUGGUAUCGAAGCGGCGGUCAAGUUUGAUAACAUCAGGUAUUACUAUUGCGAUUUGUUAGAUUUACCAGAGUCCGAUAUAUCUGUGUCAAUAGAAAAAUGUAUUAAGAUCAUAGACAAAAAUCGCUGUGAAAAUAUUCUCGUACACUGCAAUGCUGGUGUAUCUCGCUCACCGACAAUUGUUAUUUCUUACCUAAUGCUUUCUAAAAAGUUAUCGUACGAUAAUGCAUACGGCGAAGUGAAAAAAAUAAGACAUUGCAUUAAACCAAACGAAGGAUUUGUAAGACAAUUAAAAAUGUUAGAACUACCGCAUAUACGUGAUAAGUAUGAACUAAAAUAAAAAUAUGAAAAAAAAAACUUAUCAUUAGAAUAACACUAAAAAAAUAAAAAAUAACCCAAACAAUACAUAAGGAGGAAGAAAUUCAUUGCUUUAACAAUAGAUUAAUUAUGUAUAUAUUGUUACAAUCGAAUUCAUGUAUUAUGACAUUAUGUGUACAGAGAAUAUUAUUUUGUAAUUACAGUA